AGCAGCAAGCAAGUUAGCAACCAAGCCAGUGUUCGCCGGACCGCCACAUCUGUACGACGCGUCGCGGCCUCACUCUGUACUACACCACGAUCUAAAUCACGCGGGACCGCACGCGUUUCACACAAAAACAUUCCUAUACGCUUGAAAAUUUGCUGAUCAAACACAUUCAACCUGCAUUUUAGAGGUGUAUGCUGAAAUUUAUUAGAAAAUUCACAAUGAAACCACCAGUGCACGCUACCUUGUUACACGAUGUGGACAUCCCAACGAAGAAGGCUACCUUCGGUAUGGGCUGCUUCUGGUCUAACGACUCGCUGUUCGGCGCCACCCCAGGCGUGGUACGCACCCGCGUCGGUUAUUCGGGAGGCACCACCAAAAAUCCACAUUACAGGGGCAUGGGAGACCACACGGAGGUGAUUGAACUGGAUUACGACCCUAAGAGUGUAACAUAUGAAGACCUGUUGGAUAUGUUUUGGGCCAACCACGAAUACGGAUUAACCACCAAGCUAAAAAGACAGUACCAAUCAUUGAUCCUGUACCAUGAUGAGGAGCAGCGACAACUGGCCCAAACUUCAUACAACGCCAUGCAGACCCAAUGUGACGGCCAGCUCCGCACUGAAAUCGCACCGGCCGGCGCCUUCUAUGCCGCUGAAGACUACCAUCAAAAAUAUCGGUUGCAAGGCCACAAGGAUCUCUGCCGCAGUUUGGGAAUCGACUCCGCAAGGUUGCAGACGUCUCAUUUGGCGGCCAGAUUGAACGGGUAUCUGGUUGGUGUCGGCGGCAUUACGCAGUUCGAAAAAGAAGUCUCGAUCCUGGGAUUGACAGAGAAACAAGCGGAGUAUGUACGAAGAGAGCUGGAACGCAACGAAGGCGGCGGUCUCGCGUGCUAGCCGUGUGAAACAAGUUCUCAUUAAAUAGACAUCUUUAAUAUUUAUCUUAAAGUUGUAUCUGCUACUGUUCCAUGACCUGCUUUAUACUUAUUUAUUACUAGGGAUGAUCGAUAUUCAUCGAUGUACAGUCUAAAAUUACAGACAUUAAGGCUUUUGUAACAUUGACGUAAAAACAAAAAAGCAAUUGAGUAUCGACGCGAAUAAAAAUAAUUGCCUUCUAAAAAAACGAUAUCAAGUACCUAGUGACUUAAAAAUACAAGAACACUUAUAGGCUAAUGGGUAACAAUAAUGUUUUUAUUAAUUAUUAGUCAUUCUCAGAUAUUCCAUACAUCGAUAAAGAUCGAACUCCGCUUCGAUGUUUUUGUAUCGAACAUCCUUGUUUAAUACGCUAAAUAUAUAUCAGAACAUAAAUGUCUUAAAGGUAUCAGAAAAUAUCAUAUAUAUGUCUUUUUAUAUGGUUUUAACAGGAAUACCCACCUACUGUAUUUUUAGUUACAUAAUUUGGAUAAAACUUCAAUUUACUGAUGAAAUUGUAGCGAUUAAUAUAAAACUUGACACCAAGGGUUUAAGUAACCCAGUUGCUAUUUGUAUUUGAAACGAAUUAAAAUCUAUGCUUUUUCGAUUAGACUAUUUCACAGUUGAGACUGCGAAUGAUAAAAUUUCGUUUAUAUCCAAUUGCAUUUCUAAAAUGACUCAUAGAAUCGCAAACCUACCACUCUUAAUCUGUUACAAUUGACAAUUGUUAGCAACCGCGUUAUAUAACAAAGUAGCAGAUCUUGAUUAUUUUAAAACGUAUUGUAACAACGAUAUUAUUAAUUAACAUACAUUAUAAAGUAUUCAAAUGUAGUAUAUAUUUGAAAUAACUGUUAUUUGAAG